CUUCCUCCCGGCCGCGGCGCCGCCGCCGCUGCUCGCCUGGGCCCUCCCCCUGGCCACCCCCGCCCCCGGGCCGGGCAGUGACGCGCCGCGGCGGUGCCAGCCCUCUCCCCGGGCGGCCGCGGCGGCAGCAGCAGCAGCCGCAGCUGGAGCGGUGGGGCUGUCACCGCCGUCCGCCCCGCUCUCACUCGCGGAGCCCGACUGCUCGUCUCCGCCUCGUCGCCGGCUCAGGAUGAAACCUCAGUGAGCAGUGGAGAUUUUGAUAUGAGCGACUCCACAUGGAUGUCAGCUGAACCACACCUGGCCUCCAGCCUGAGUCCCAGCCAGGACGAAAGGAUGCGGAGCCCGCAGAACCUCCACGGCCAUGAAGAUGACGACUCCUCCUCUGAGAGUGGCAGCGGCCAUGGCUCUUCCACCCUGAACCCGUCCACAUCAAGCAGCACUCAGGGUGACCCUGCCUUCCCUCAGACGAAUGGCAACGGUGCUGCCGCCCCCAUGGAUUUUGCCUCGGCUGCGGAAGACCAACCCAUCAACCUGUGUGACAAGCUGCCCUCAGGCUCAGCCCUUGGCACGCCUUCUUACCCCUCAGAUGGCUGCGGCCCCGACGGGCUGCGGAGCCGGGUCAAGUACGCGGUGAAGACCACCCCUGAGUCUCCCCCCUACAGCUCUGGGAGCUAUGAUUCUAUCAAGACGGAGGUCAGCGGCUGCCCUGAGGACCUGACGGUGGGCAGGGCCCCUGCGGCUGACGACGAUGACGACGACCAUGACGACCAUGAGGACAACGACAAGAUGAACGACCCCGAGGGCAUGGACCCUGAGCGUCUCAAGGCCUUCAAUAUGUUCGUGCGUCUCUUUGUGGAUGAGAACCUGGACCGCAUGGUGCCCAUCUCUAAGCAGCCCAAGGAGAAGAUCCAGGCCAUCAUUGAAUCCUGCAGCCGCCAGUUCCCUGAGUUCCAGGAGCGCGCGCGCAAGCGCAUCCGCACAUACCUCAAGUCCUGCCGGCGCAUGAAGAAGAAUGGCAUGGAAAUGACCAGACCCACGCCUCCCCACUUGACCUCAGCUAUGGCCGAGAACAUCCUUGCAGCUGCCUGUGAGAGUGAAACAAGGAAAGCAGCAAAGAGAAUGCGCCUGGAGAUCUACCAGUCCUCGCAGGACGAGCCCAUAGCCCUGGACAAGCAGCACUCCCGGGACUCCGCCACCAUCACCCACUCCACCUACUCACUGCCAGCCCCCUCCUACUCCCAGGACCCCGUGUACGUCAAUGGCAGCCUCAACUACAGCUACCGUGGCUAUGGGGCCUUGAGCAGCAACCUGCAGCCCCCUUCUUCCCUUCAGACAGGAAAUCACAGUAAUGGGCCCACGGACCUCAGCAUGAAAGGUGGGGCCUCCACAGCCUCCACCACGCCCACGCCCACACCCUCUAGCAACAGCACCAGCAGGACCAUGUCGUCGGCACAGCUAAGCCCCACGGAGAUCAGCGCCGUGCGGCAGCUCAUUGCUGGCUACCGCGAGUCUGCGGCCUUCCUGCUGCGCUCCGCGGAUGAACUGGAAAACCUCAUCCUACAGCAGAACUGACAGCACUGUUGGCCGGUGUGCACCGCGCCUGUGGGGAGGCGGCCGGCCCGGCCCCCGCUUCCCGCCUCAUCACUUGGUACAUUUGUUCUCGCAAAGAGGUGGGAUCCAGAGCGCCGAUUCUAGCCACACUCCAAGCACCUGAGACUUUGGGCACAAAGACACUUUUUUUGGAAUCUCAUCACACGGGUGCUCUGACCUGCUUGGAAGAGGCCUACAGGGCAGCCUCUGGAGGGGCUAGGGCUGCAGCUCCCCUAGAAUCUCCUUCGUGGACCCUGAUGUUAGAACCCCACUCCCAGAUAAUUACCUUUCAAGUCUUAGGUGAGCAGAAUUGCAUAUUUAUUGAGAAAAACAAAGUGGACCCUUUCUUCCUCUCCCCUUAGUAAUUUAUUUUUCUGAAAAUGGAUUCUUUGUGUUUGUACAGAUUGCCAGUCUGUCUGGUCAGAAGGAUGUACACCCCUCGCCCCGACAUUCCAUAUCACUACACUGGCGCAGGCUGGGGGCCGGGUUGUCCUGUGCAGGUCCCCAUGCUGCCCCAGGGACACCGCCAAGCAGGAAGACCUGACCCACCCCCAUUGCAAAGCGAACUAGGAAAGGCCCCGCCCCCUCUAAAGACGCUCCAGUCCCAAUGUCACCUGUCUUCUACCUCACACUCCAGCGUGGGCCGUUUCUAGGAUGUGCCCCAAACCUGUUAUGAAUGCCUGCUCCCCAUGAGGUGGCUGCCUGGGGUCUACAUCCAGACCAGGAGCCCCGGAACUGGAGUCCAACAAUGGGCCAGGCCAACACUGCCCUGCGGAGCUGAGAAGGAAGGGGCUGUUUAUUCAGGGUGAGCCCUGGCUGGUAGGCAGGCAGGCAGCUGUGAGUCCUGUGGGACCGUGGCUGCAGUGAAGGGACUGCUAGUGGAACUGACAAAGCCACCAGGGGCUCCCCCGGGACCAGCUCUUUGAGGAGGCCAUUCCCAGGAGACCCCUGGAAUCUCUGGAGUGUGAAAGAAAGGGCAGAAAACGAGAGCUGGCCAGUCGCCUCCUUCCCUAACAGGCACUUCCUCUUGCUCAGUGCAAUACCUCCCAGUGCUGCUAUGACCAGGGAUCUGCCCAGACCCCAGCAGGCCUCCGUGCCCACACCGCAGCUGGCACAAGCCCUCUGUUGCCUUUUCUUCCCUUGGAGCAAAGAGGCCCUGGGGGAACCUGGGCCGAGCAGACCCGAGAUGGCCACAGAAGAGCCAGUCUCUCCCAGAGCAGGCACCCCCACCCCCCAGGACCA